GAUCAACCAAGAUGUCUACAGGCUACGUUGUGAUCCUGUUGUGGUCGACGUUCUCCUUGGGAAUGGCCGAUCACAUCCCAGUCCACCUGGCAGAUGAGCAUUUUGUGACAAAGCAAAAGAGCGUUUACGAUCUUCUGCAGCAUUCGGAUCGUGUCGAUGUUGGAAAUCCUGGAUUGUACAGGGAAGGAGUUUCAUGGGACAUCCGCGGAAACCUCAAAGCGUACGAUAGCGAGGUCAUCGUCAAUGACUUCCUUGAUAAAUACGAGCGUGGAAUGUUGCCUCGCGGUCGUGUAUUCUCCGUCUUCUAUCCGGUCAUUCUAGACGAAGCCAUAGCUCUUUUUCGGCUCUUCCGAUCCGCCAUUGACUUCAAAACAUUUUAUAAAACCGCUGCCUGGGCUCGCAUUCACGUAAACGAAGGACAGUUCAUCUACGCCUUCAGUGUUGCGGUAAUUCAUCGACCGGACACCAAAUACGUUAAACUACCAGCCCCCUACGAGAUAAAUCCGGACUUGUUCUUCAACACCGAAAUCAUCCGCCAAGCUCAGCUUCAGAAAUUGAACCGAUUGCCUGGCUCUGCAGGAUCUCACGUAAUCAUUGCAAAUCACAGUCUAUGGUAUGCAGGAAAGCACGGUAACCGUGAGCACGAAAUUGACUAUUUUGUAGAGGACGUGGGACUGAACGCUUAUUACCAAAUCCUGAACCUCGAAUUCCCGUUCUGGAUGUCAAGCGAAGAAUUCAACCUGCCGAAAGGCUACCGUGGCGAGCUUUACUACGAAAAUUUGAAGCUGAUACUGACGCGCUACAACCUGGAGCGAAUCAGUAACAACUUGGACAAAAUUGAAUACAUCGAUUGGAACAGACCAAUCGAAACGGGCUACUAUCCGUCCAUGACUUACCACAACGGAUUGCACUUUCCACGACGCGAUCACCACUCCAUGGUGCCGCAAAAUAAGUUCAAGAAGCUUCAAGACAUACAGAACCUGGAAUCCCGGAUACUGGAAGCCAUUGAUUCAGGAGUCAUUCUUAACGCGGAAGGGAAGUCAGAGAGCAUCUACACUCCGGACGGCUUCGACAUCCUCGGCAAUAUAAUCGAGGGUAACGUCGAUUCUCUGAACAAACAGCUGUAUGGUUCGAUCGACUUCCUCGCCAGAAACAUACUCGGUUUCAGUCCCGAUCCUUUGAGUAGUCAUCAGAUACUCCCCAGCGCCCUGGAACACUACGACACCAGCUUAAGGGAUCCCGGAUUUUAUCGUAUCUGCAACAGAAUCGUUGGAUUUUUCAACAGAUACAAGAGCAACUUGGAGCCUUACACGGCCGAGGAACUGGGUGAAUCAUCUGGGUUGAAAAUCGAAUCUGUAGUCAUCGACAAGCUGGAAACUUAUUUCGACCACCAUGACUCGGUCAUUGAGAGUUCCGAAGAUGUUUCCUUUAACGUAAAGGUUCGCCAGCAACGUUUGAACCACAAACCAUUCAGCUACACCAUCGGACUUCAUUCUCAAAUCGAAACUGAAGCCAUGGUGAGGAUUUUCCUCGGACCGAAGUACGACGCGUUGCACAACGAACUUGCCAUUACCGAGAAUUAUGAAAACUUCUACGAGUUCGAUGUGUGGAAAGUCAAACUUCAAAAUGGACGGAAUGAAAUUAAGCGCACCAGCCAUGAGGCUCUCUUCGUGGUUCCCGAUGACGAGGGUGUCGAAGUUUUUCACCGCAAGUUGAAAGCAGCUGUGGAUGAAAAAGCGCCUCUCACCUACUCGGAACACGUUUACGGAUUUCCGGAUCGACUUCUCCUCCCUAAAGGACGGAAGGAGGGACUCCGACUGCAGAUUUUCGUCCACGUUAUUCCCUGCAGCAAGGAUCACAUUCAGGAAGUCGAUUCUCCGAUAUGGGGGAAGGCCUACACCGAUGGUCGCCCCAUGGGAUUCCCUCUGGACAGACCAAUCCAUGCUAACAAUUUCACCCUGCCGAAUAUGCGCUUCCAAGAGGUUGUCAUUUUCCACAGGGAAGCUGCGGAAAUAAACGCAACUGUGGUGGCGAUUCUUGCCGUCGCGGCAUUCUGCAUUGCGGCGUCUGAUCCCGUCCCUCUGAAGAGUACCGACAACAAUUUGGCCUAUAGGCUGAUCUACGAUUUAAUAUGGAGAACCCAACGGACAGGCAAAUUAUCCAAGGAGAUUGAGACACACGAGGAACCCUUCAAAAUCGACGAUCAUCUGUUGACAUGGCCGGACAAGGAAGCGCUAGCAGACUUCCGGGCCCGAUAUCAUUACGGAAUGCUUCCACCGGGAGCAAUUUUCUCCAUCUACUACUCUGAACAGCUUGAAGAAGCUGUGUCGAUCUUCAAGGUCAUGCACACCGCUCCGAACACCUGGCUCUUCUUCCAAUUUUCCGUUUGGGCCUUCAGAAACUUGAACCACGAAUACUGGUCGUACGCUUUCAACAUGGCCGUCAUGUACCGAGACGACUGUAAGUCAAUACCUAUUCCCAGUCCCCACACCGUUUUCCACAACUACUACUUCAACAGCGACGUCAUGAGGCAAUUACACACCUUCAAGAUGGACUACCAGUUCGAAGCUGGUCACGGAUUAGAAGACGUUGAAAAAGUCGUGGUGCCGGGCAACUACACCAACUGGUACAUCAGGGAAACCAAUGAUCCCGAGAGGAACCUCACGUACUACCUUGAGGACGCAGAUCUCAACAACUUCUACGCCUACCUCCACGUCGAAUCGCCAUUCUGGAUGUCGACCGAAGCGUACGAUCACAUCUCACAUGAUUUCAGAGGACAGGUUUACUUCGCGGUUCACCACAUGUUGAUGAACCGUUACCACAUGGAGCGCAUGUCUCACAAAAUACCGUUUAUGGAAACUAUCGAUUGGGAACAGCCGAUCGUCACUGGAUAUCUGCCACAGAUGACUUACUCAAACGGCCUACACUUCCCGAGACGCCACGAAUGGACCAAAGUCGCAACGUCCAAAUAUCACCACCUUCAGGAAAUGGAACAGUACGAAAGCCGCAUAAACGACGUCGUAGACUCUGGAAUCGUUAUCGACAGAGAUGGAAACAUCAAGCACCUUAAACACGUGGAAGACCUUAACGUACUUGCCAACCUCGUGGAAGGCAACAAUGAUUCCGUGAACCCGUUCUACUAUGGAUCGGUGGACCACCUCAGCAGACACAUUCUUGGAUUCUGUCCCGAACCUCAGAACAAAUACCAGAUCCUUCCCAGCGCCCUUGAGCACGCUUCCACCAGCAUGAGGGACCCAGGCUUCUACAGAAUGUACAACAAAAUCGACGACUACUACAUGAGAUUCAUGAAACGCCUCGGGCCCUACACGAAGGAUGAGCUGGCCUCACCUGGAAUCAAGGUCGUCGCAGCUUCCGUUAGCAACCUUGCAACUUACUUCGAACCUACCGACAUAUUUGUGACCGGUGUGAACAGGACCUCGGACAACAAAUGGGUGUCAUUCUACGUUCGCCAGCACCGUUUGAAUCACAAACCGUUCAGUUUCGAAAUGACCAUUGAAUCCGAAAAAACAGACAAGGUCUCCAUCCGCACUUUCUUGGGGCCCAAAUACGACCUGCAAGGCAGAAACAUCACCGAUUCAUACAAAUACUUCUACGAAGUUGACUACUACGUCACAGACCGUAAGUGUGGCAAGAACAAGAUCACCCGCAACAGCAAGGAUUUCACCUUGUCUGUCGUUGACCACAAGAACGACGAGUACUUCUACAGGAACGUAGAUAAGGUCGUUCACGGCACUGAACAGGUGCCGAAGAACCCCGUCAAACCUGGAUUCCCGAACCGCCUAGUGCUGCCCAUGGGUCUACCGGAAGGAAUGGAGGUCCAGUUCUUCGUCUACGUCAGGAAAUUAGACCAGACAAAGACGAAAACUUUGAAGAGUCGAUUCUUCCCUGAGGGCGUAACCACCGACAAGCACUUCGGAUUCCCUCUGGACAGACCGAUGAAGGAACACACAUUCACUCUCCCCAACAUGUACGCGUUCCCCGCCGUCAUCCGCCACUACGAGACCGAGGCAGAGUUGAACGUGACUGUUUGACCUGACUUAAGAUGGUUAAU